AUGGCAAGCAAAACGAAGUCAAGAUGGGCAGACAGCGAGGAGGACGCCGCUCUUGUGGCCAAAUUGAAGGCCGACAAGGAGGAGAAGAGGCGUCUGAAGGCUGAAAAGGCACGCAAAGCUGAAGUGGAACGAUUGGCACAGCAAGCUAGAGCGAAUACCGACAGCGGCGCCGCGAACGACGAAGACGGUGACGACACACGGCCGGUGAAACGGCGCAAGUUCACACCGGAUACAGAAGGCGGGAGGAAACAAGCCUCGGAACACGAUGCAUUGGAUAAUAAGGAGGGCGCUGCGAAGCUCAUGCGGUUUCCUUCCGGCCGCUGGGGUAAGUGCCGGAGUGUAGAGAACUACGACAAGCUAAACGACAUCGAGGAGGGCACGUACGGAUGGGUGUCUCGGGCGAAAGAGACGGCAAGCGGCAAGGUUGUUGCCUUGAAGCGUUUAAAGAUCGAACCGAGCGACCGUAAUGGCUUGCCAGUGACGGGUUUACGGGAGAUACAGAUACUACGCGACUGUAGCCACCGCAACAUUGUUAAUCUGGAAGAGGUCGUGAUAGGAGACGAUACGUCAAAGAUUGAACAUAUCUUUCUCGUACUAGAGUUCGUCGAACACGACCUCAAAAGCAUAUUGGAAGAUAUGCCUGAGCCCUUCCUCUUGUCCGAAGUCAAGACACUGCUCCAACAGCUGACGGCGGGUGUCGCGUACCUCCAUGAUAACUGGAUCCUCCACCGCGAUCUCAAGACGUCAAAUCUACUACUUAACAAUCGCGGCCAGCUCAAGAUCGCUGACUUUGGCAUGGCGCGCUAUGUCGGCGACCCGCCGCCGAAACUGACGCAGCUUGUUGUGACGUUGUGGUACCGGUCACCGGAGUUGCUCCUGGGCGCCCGGGCCUACGGCCGCGCCGUCGACAUGUGGAGCGUCGGCUGCAUCUUCGGCGAGCUCCUUACGCGUGAACCCCUCCUGCAGGGCACCAACGAAGUCGACCAGGUGACGAAGAUCUUUGAGCUUUGUGGCGUGCCGACGCAGGAGUCAUGGCCAUCGUUCCGCAGCCUUCCCAACGCGCGGUCGCUGCGCUUCCCGAAGACGUCACAGGCCACGGCCUCUGCAAUCCGGGCCAAGUUCACGACAUUGACAAAUGCUGGAUGCGCGUUGCUGAACGAUCUAUUGUCUCUGAAUCCUGAUUCGAGGCCGUCGGCCAAGGAGAUGCUGGAGCACAAGUACUUUAGGGAGGAUCCGAAACCUAAAAAGGAGGGCAUGUUCCCGACCUUCCCCAGCAAGGCGGGCCAGGAGAGGAGAAGACGGCAUGAGCCGAACGCUCCUGUUCGAGGACAGAAUGCUGUUGAGCUAGGCGACGUGGAUUUUAGUGGCAUCUUUCAGGGCAGAGAUAAGGAAGAGAGAGGCGGCGGCUUCUCUCUACGGAUGGUGUAA